UGCGGCCCCGCCGAACGGGCGGACGGGCGUUGGACGAGCGCGACUGCAGGCCACCAACAGGCAACCAUGGCUGAUCCAGUUGAAACAGGUCCAAGUCGUGAUCCCACUGCUUUAACAACAGGCUUAUCUAGCACUGCAUCCACAAGGCAAUCAAAUGACGUUGCUGAAUCAACUGACCCAGCUUGGAAGUAUUGCACAAUGCCAGAUGUGAACAAGAAACAAUCUCUCAAGUGCAACUACUGUGACAAGAUUUAUCAUGGUGGAAUAACUAGAAUAAAAUACCACCUAGAUAAAGUUCCUAAAUGUGGUGUUGCAAAGUGUGGUAAAGUUCCAUCUGAUGUGCAAGAAGAAAUGCUUAACUUGCUUUCAAAGAAGGAUGAUAACAAGCAAAAGAAGAGUGUGGAGAAAGAAGAAGAAACAGCUCAAGUUGAUUUGAACUAUUCUGAAGGAGAGGAACACAGUGAUGGAUAUGGCAAUUCUAUUCUUGUGUUGAAGAAGGUGACAAGCAAAGGUGGUCCUAUGGAUAAGUACUGUAAACUGACACUAGAAGAGAUAGUGGCUGCAAGGAAGAGCAAAUCUGGUGUUGCUGAAAAGGUCCAUUCCAAGGUAUCAACUGAAAAAAGGGAAGAGAAAAGGGACAGAGAAUGUGAUUACAUAUGCCAAUUUUUUUAUGAAGCGGGUAUCCCACACAAUUCAGUGACACUGCCUAGCUUUGAUCUUAUGCUUGAGGCUAUUGGAGACUUUGGCAGGAACUUGAGAGGUCCAACUCCAUAUGAGAUGAGUGGGAAGUACUUACAGAAAAGGAAGAGGAAAGUGCAGGAGACAUUGAAGUCUCACAAAGAGUCUUGGGAGCUAAAUGGAUGCACAGUUAUGACAGAUGCUUGGACAGACAAGAGAGGUAGAGGUGUGAUGAAUUUGGUAGUUCAUAGUGCAUAUGGUGUUUGCUUUAUUGAUUCAGUGGAUUAUUCAGUUGUGAAGAAGGAUGGUAGGUAUAUUUUUAAACUGGUUGAUAGAUGUAUUGAGGAGAUAGGGGUGCAAAAUGUAGUUCAAGUUGUAACUGACAAUGCAAGACCUAAUGAGGCAGCAGCAAGUUUGUUAAAAGCAAGGCACCCCUCUAUCUUUUGGAAUGGCUAUGCUGCCCAUACCAUGGAUCUGAUGUUGGAAGAUAUAGAAAAAUUGCCAAGGGUUGCAACAACAAUCACCAAAGCAAAGUGCGUGAUUGUUUUUCUAUAUGCCCAUACUAGAGUUUUGAACUUGAUGAGGAAGUUUCUUUCCAGAGAUUUAGUAAGGUGUGGUGUUACAAGGUUUGCAACCGUUUUUCUCAACUUGAAGAGCUUGCUAGAAAACAAUAAAGAAUUGCAGAGGCUUUUUAGAGAUGAUGAGCUCAAUGAACUUGGUUACCUAAAAAGUGCCAAAGGGAAGAAAGCAAAUAUGAUUGUCAAAUCUGAAACUUUUUGGAAAGGAAUUGAAACUGCUGUGAAUUUCUUUGAGCCGUUAGCCGUUGUGUUGAGGAGAAUGGACAGUGAUGUUCCAGCCAUGAGUUUCUUGUAUGGUUAUCUUGUACAAGCUAAGAUUGAGAUCUCUAGGAGGUUCAACCAUGACAGUACCAAGUUUCAGGAGGUUUUUCACAUCAUUGACAAAAGGUGGGAGAGCAAGAUGAAGACACCUUUACAUAGGGCUGGUUACUACUUGAACCCUUUCUAUUACUAUCAAAACAAGUUGGCUAUGGAGGAGAAUGAAACUUUUAGAGAUGUUGUAGUCACUUGUAUUACCAAGGUUGUUCCAGAAGAAGAGACUCAAGACAAGAUUAUCGAAGAGCUGCAGCUGUUUCAGGAUGCUGAAGGAUCCUUUGGCAAAGAAAUUGCUAAAAGGCAGUGUAAAAAUAUCAAUUUUGAUCCAGCUAAAUGGUGGCUGAAUUAUGGAAGUAGUGCACCAAAUCUCAGAAAGUUAGCUGCGAGAAUUCUAAGUUUGACAUGCAGUUCAUCUGCUUAUGAGAGAUGCUGGAGUUCAUUUGAACAAUCCACACAAAGAGACGCAACAGGCUCCUUCAUGAUAGAAUGAAGGAUCUUGUGUUUGUCAAGUUCAACUCAAGACUAAAGUAAAAGAGGGACAACAAGGAUAAAGAUGCCAUUGAGAAACCUGUCCAUGAUGUGGUUUUAGAAGAUGAAGACAACGAGUGGAUCACUGGCAUUGAGCCAACAGAAGGAGAUGAAGAGCAAGAGGAACAAACUGAAGCAUCAUCACAAGGAGUUGCAGCUACAUCUCAAAGAGAAGAGAGAACUAAGAGAGCUAACCAACAGAAAUUAAGAAGCAGGAAGAGAAAGAGGUUGAUCCCUACAUUUGAGGAAGAGGAGUCAUUUCCAUCUUCUGAUGGAGGAGAAGAUGACAUUGAUAUUGAUAUGAGAUCUCCUUCCGAUUCUGAGGGUGAAGACUGAAGUGUGAGCCGGUCCAUAAUAGAUCAUGCUCUUGGACUUGAUGCCUUUAUGGUUGUUGCUUGUUUCCUUUCAAUUAUAAACUUUAGACUGUUGCUGUUUGGAUUGUGAUUUGUGAACUUUAUGGUUGUGUGGUCCAUGGUUGUUUGCUUAUGUACUUUAAGUGUUGACUUGAUGCCUUCAUGGCUAUUUGGUAUUUGCUUUGAGGUUGAGAACUUAUCAUAUUA